AUGCCGCUGCGAGAAAUUGCAUCUUUCCGGAAUCAAGUUCAGAGACUGGGAUAUCUAGUGAACCGGUGACGGACUUACAGGCGAAGUUUCGCCCACCACAGCUCUCUUCUGCUCUACCCCCACCGUAGAGGCUUACUGAAGUAACGAUUCAGCCAUGGACUCCUUCGUGAUCGCAGCUGAGCAAUUAAUUCUGUUCACCCGCAGUCCCGAUGGGAGGGUCAGUGAAGUUCUAUCGUGCAUGCCCAGGAAUCCUCUCAGUCUGAGGGACUUGCAGCUGUCCCCGGACGGGAGACAGGUAUUGGCUAUUUCCAACAAUCCAGAGCAGGGCGUGUGUUUCGCUUGUCUGACCAAAGGACAGAAUGAGUGGCUCUAUUACGAUUUCAUCCCGGAAGACUUCACAGUGACGUGCGGAAUUCAUUCUCCAACGGAGAGUCAUGUCGUCUACAUGGGAACCUCGACCGGAGCUCUUGUGCAGUUCAAUCUCAAAACGAAGAUACCAACCAUCUUGACCAAGAGCUCCCGUUGUGCGCCCGUUACUUCCCUGGAUGUGAACUGCAUGGGAACGCAGCUUGCGGCAUCCGUCGCGGGCUCGGUGCUCCUCCACAGUAUCCGCAAUAAAUUGGACGUUCACCUACCUUACGACAAGAGGCCAAAUGCUGAAGUGUUCAUUCGAUACCAUCCGUUCCGCUCGAAUACGCUCGGAGUUUUCUCACUGGAUGAGGGCGCAGCGCUCCUCGAUGUCUCAUCGGCGCAACCGACGCUCCCUGACCGCAGGUCCAGGUUGCGACCUCCGCCGGGAGAAGCCCACGUGUGUAAACCCUGCGCGAUUCUAUGGGGGACGGCCGAGACUCUUUUCACUGUGGCCAACGACGGCCGCAUAGUCCAGUACGGGAAAAAGAGCUGUGGUCUCCUCUACCGCCACUCCGACAUCAUCUACGGAGCCUGCAUCAUGAAAGACGGAUGCGAAAUUCUCCUCGGUCUGGAAAACGCACUCGCUUGCUUCGAGAUGAAGAAGAAGCAGAUCUCGUGGACCAAGACCCUGCGAAUGAUCAAAACCAUUGAAGGCAUGGCUAGAGCGAAGUCUUAUCUACCGCUGGCGCUGCAAAAGUCCGGAGUAGAAUCAAUGUAUCCGCAGAGAGUCGCUUUCAAUCCUGACAUCCGUCUCGGUUCGAGGAAGUCUUCGUUGAAACCGAGCGAUGGCGAGCUCAUAUCGCCACUGAAAGGAGCUCCCGAUGUCGCGGCAUCCUUCCAGAGUAUGGCAUCAUCUCAUGUGGAGACCAAAGAAACUUUCACCGAUUCCAAUGUCAAGGAGAACGACAAGACCAUCUUACAAUCAACUAUCCUACAAGAGAAGGGGGCUCAUAGCCAUGAGGAACCCAUGGACAAGGCCGUCUUUUGCAACGUGGAUGGCUCGAGAUCAAUGUCGAAACUGAGUCAAGAAAGCCAGUCCAGCAUGACUUCCUUGAUGGAACGGCAGAAUACGCUGCUAUCUCAACUGACCGAAGUUUCGGCGCGCAUAGAAUCGAGACUCAUGGAAAGCUCAGCGAGGGUCGAAGCCAAACUCGAUGAGAUCCUGGAAGAGAUCCGAGAGCAAGGAUCGAGCGACCGAAGACUGAUCGGUCACGGUAUCCAAUUAGUCAAAACAUACCAUGGCGAUACCAUGAACAUUCUCACAGAAAUGGCCGAGGUCCAGCACGUCGCAUGGCUCGAUCCCUUGGAUGAUUACGAAACGCAGGUCAAACCUUGA